CAGGGCACUGCGCAGCCGGAAGUCGCGGGAUAGGUUUGUGCUACCUCAAGGGAGCUUCUGGCCACUCUGCCCUCAUGGCGUUUGCACCCAUGGGUCCGGAGGCCUCGUUCUUUGAGGUCCUCGACCGACAUAGAGCUUCCCUGUUGGCCGCCCUGAGUAAAGGCAGUCCAGAGCCCCCUGUCCAAGGGACUCGCACGGCCUCUAGUUCUGAGGUUCUUGCAUCUAUAGAAAAUAUCAUUCAAGACGUUGUCACAACCUUGGCAAGAAAUGAGGCACCUGCCUUCAUCAUAGACAACAGAUCAAGCUGGGAAAAUAUAAAGUUUGACGACACUGUGGGCCUUCAGAUGGUAUCCCACUGUACCACGAGAAAAAUCAAAAGUGAUUCACCAAAAUCAGUUAAAAAAUUUGCUCUAAUUCUUAAAAUAUUAUCCAUGAUCUAUAAAUUGGUACAGAGCAACACCUAUGCAACGAAAAGAGACAUAUAUUACACUGACAGCCAGCUCUUUGGUAAUCAGUCUGUUGUGGACAAUAUUAUUGAUGACAUUUCUUGUAUGCUGAAAGUGCCACGGAGGAGUCUACAUAUAUUAUCGACAUCCAAAGGGUUAAUCGCUGGCAGUCUGAGGUUCACUGAAGAAGAUGGCACCAGAGUGAGCUGUGCCUGUGGCGCUUCUGCCUUGGUAUGUCGAGAACCUCAGUCCUGGAUGGGGCCACCCAGCAGUCAGGAAAGGAGACAGGCUAUUGCUGUGCCAUCUAAUAUUCAAGGACUUCGGAACUUAAUUACAGAUGCAAAAUUUCUGUUAAUUGUAGAAAAAGAUGCAACAUUUCAGCGGCUCCUAGAUGACAACUUCUGCAACAAAAUGUCGCCAUGCAUCAUGGUGACGGGAAAAGGUAUACCUGAUCUGAACACGAGACUUUUAGUCAAGAAACUGUGGGACCUCUUUCACAUUCCCGUUUUCACAUUGGUAGAUGCUGAUCCACAUGGCAUAGAAAUAAUGUGCAUCUAUAAGUAUGGAUCUAUGUCUAUGUCAUUUGAAGCCCACAACCUCACAGUCCCGGCUGUUAGAUGGCUCGGUCUCCUCCCUUCUGAUAUUAACAGGUUAAAUAUACCUAAAGAUAGUUUAAUUCCACUUACAAAACGGGACCAAAUGAAACUUGACAGUAUCUUGAAGAGACCUUAUGUUACCUGCCAACCAUUUUGGAGAAAAGAAGUAUCUGUUUCUUUUUAAAAUUCAAAUGGAAAUGAUGGCAGACUCUAGAAUGAAGGCGGAAAUCCAAGCUUUGACCUCCCUGUCCUCAGAUUACCUUUCCAGAGUAUACUUACCCAACAAGCUAAAAUUUGGAGGGUGGAUAUGAAAGAACAUUGGAAGAACUUGUGAUUGCCUGAGGCUUAUUAUUACUUUUAGUUGGCGAACUCUUUUAUGGAAAAACUAUCCAUCCCUAAUUCUGUAAAGGUAGAACAAAAUAAUUUCUCACUAUAUGUUUUGUCAAAACAAAUGCUAUGUUCUGAUUUUCUUUAGAAGGCUUUAUUUUAUCCUCUGUGGAGAUUGGUUUCUAUCCUAUAUUCUAAAAUAAAUUAUAAAAGAAUAUAUGUGAUUUUUGACUUUUAAAUUGUAUUUGAAAGAAUGUUUUACAUGUUGUAAAAGUCUAUAAAAUAUUUUCUUUGUCUUCUACAAUAUAACUAAAGUAAGGCAUGAAGUAUUUUAUUAGUAACAAAAAUAAUAAUAAUAUAAAUUUGAGAUGUUGCAAAGCAGUUAGUGCCUGGUAGUUUCUUCCUUUCUCUUUUGCCUUCAUAGUAUAGUGGUCAUAGCAUAGGAGCCAUGCUCCCUUAACUCAUUUGUAAACCUAGUAAAAUUUAUUGUGAAUAAAUAUUUGGGUUGAUGUACUCUCCAAUGCUUUGCUUUGCUUUGUCUUGAGUAUAUCUUUAUAAUGACAACACUUAUUUGUAAAUAUUUCCUGGGGUGUUACUCGUUAUUGCCUGAAAUAGCACCUGAAUUCUUCUUUAGUCUAAUCCCAUAAUACAAAGAACUUCUUUGGUUUGAAGAGCUAAAGAAGCCUCAGAUUUUAAUAAGGCACUUUUCUAACAGUAGGAGUGUAAUCUUUCCUCUUAUAAAGCCAUUUUAAUUUUUAUAAAGAUAAGUUUUAUUAUUUUAUUGGAUACUUUUAGUAAAUCACUGCAAUGAAAGUUUC